AACAGUUGGAAUUUGGCUUUCCGUUUUUAUUUGUAACGGUAUUUCAUAAACUAAAUUUAAAUCAUUAAGGUCAUACUAAUACCAUACGAGACAGAUUUGCGAUAACACUGCACAUCAUACAAUAGUUAUCGAUAACUCAGCCGUUGUUAAGUUGAAGCAGCUGUUGGCCAAAAGUGAAACUAUUUAAAAAAUGUGUUUAUAAAAGAACCAGCUGUAUCAAAGAAUUCUCAGGUUUUUGCUGUCUUGUCACGUCGGAGCUGAAGCUGAUAGAGAUAAUUACACGUUGAAUACCAAUAAUAUCAGACGAUCUGAAGUGGACGCUACAGAACCUGAUCAAAUCCACGCGCCGAUAUAGCAAGUAUCCUGCGGUGGUAGUAUUAUCAAAAUUAUUAUUAUCUGGAAAACGAGUGGAGCACCUUGUACCCCCAAUCAUAGGCGACAUGCAUAAAUGUUACAGUCAUACGCCACCGUCAACGAUCACAUCAACGGCACCACUGCAAUUUCAACCGGGAACACACAAGUGCGUCUUGGCUCUAUCCAGCAGUAGCAGCAGCAUCAGUAACAUGUCGACGGCCAGCAACAACGAUUGCAACAAUGCGUCUUGCUGUGAUCAAAAAAAAUCAUCCAUCCCAGGAUAUACCAUUCCAAAUGAUACUCGCUCUGACAUCAAGAAACGCCAAUUGGCCGCCUAUCAUUUCUUUUCCCGCACUCUCGAAUUGUAUCGUGUGGAUGAGUUGAUAUUUUGCUUCAAUGGCGGUAAGGAUUGUACGGUCCUUUUGGAUCUACUGAUGCGCUGGUGUCGUCUCCAAAACAUUUCCAGUCGUGAUAUACCCAUGCUGUACAUUAAAUCGGAUGACGCAUUCGAGGAAAUUGAUGAGUUUGUGGCUCAAUGUGUAGAGCGCUACGAUGUCCAGCUAAUUGAAUAUAAGGAAUCCCUGAAAGAGGCUCUCACACACAUGACACAGGAUAUGCCACGCAUAAAAGCCGUUUUCAUCGGCAGUCGGAAUACGGAUCCAUAUUGUGAGCAUUUGGCCCCCAUGCAGCCCACAGAUAAUGGCUGGCCGGCUAUCAUGCGUUUGAAUCCGUUGCUAGAAUGGUCAUAUCAUGACAUCUGGCAUUAUAUACACAUAAACAAUGUGCCUUUUUGUUGCCUAUAUGAUCAGGGCUAUACAUCCAUUGGCUACAAAUCAAACACAGUGCCUAAUCCGCAUUUGAAAUGCAGCGGCGAGGAAUCAACCAAUGGCAAGUCAUCGGCGACCAAUGGAACUGCAACAAACGGAACGGGAAAUGCCGGUAGCUAUCGACCCGCCUGGGAACUAAUCGAUCCGACGCAAGAGCGAGCCGGGCGUCUGCCCAAAAAGUAAAAUAAAAAAUAAACAACAGAGCGGCAGACGACAGCCAGAUUUGUGAUGAUGCAGUGCCUCAUGUUGCGGCUUCUAGUGCAAUAAUAAUUUUUUUGUAUAGACCAUUUUCAUGUUUGUAAAUUGCAAAUUUUGUACAUACGUGUAUUUUUUCCUCGAAAUUGAAUAGAAAAUUUCGAGUUUUGUUUUUUGGAUUCUCGGGUACUUAAUAAUUAAUUCUGCAAAUGUACAUAUAGAUCAUACAUACAUACUUAUUGCAUACUUAGUUAAUUCAUACAGCCAAAUAAAUGAAAUACUUGAAAUCA